AUGUUCGCCCGACAUGACUCCCACCCGCGCCAGACUCUGAUCGCGGCGUUUCUGGCCUGGAAGGGUCUGCUGCUGGCCAUCGCCGCCGGCAGCGCUGUCGCCCCGUCAUACGACACCUCCACGACCUUGAUGCUCAACCGUAGCGAGUCUGGCCUAUCGCUCGUCACUCGCCUCACCCGCUGGGAUGCCAUCUACUUCACCCAAUCCGCCAAGCGAGGCUACGUCUACGAGCAGGAAUGGGCUUUCAACGCCGUCCUGCCCUACCUGGCGUCUACCCUCGCCGGUGCUGCCCGCCGCCUCGGUCUUGACGGUGAUGGCAGCGGCUCCCUGGAAGCGGCCUUUGGCAUCGUGACCUCCCACGUCACACAUCUCCUCGCCAUCCUCACGCUGUACUCUCUGACCCUCCGUCUAUUCAACCGCAAGCCUCUCGCCUUCCUCUCAGCCCUUCUCCACAUCCUCUCGCCAGCAGGUCUCUUCCUCUCAGCGCCCUACGCCGAGGCCCCGUUCGCAUUCCUCACCUUCCUGGGCUACAACAUCCUCGCCUCGGCCUCCGCGCAAAUCCGCGGCUCUCUCCCCUGGUCUGCAGCGCAAAUUUCCGCGGGCGCCGCCUUCGGCCUGGCCACGGCGUGCCGCUCCAACGGGCUCCUCAACGGCAUCCCCUUCGCAGCCGAGUGCAUCAUCAUCGUACAUGGCCUGCUCGCCAGCCCUAUCACACCCGCAAGCGUCACCACCUCUCCCGCGGCUCUGUUGGCGCCUGGCGUCGGAGGCGUCCUCGUGGCCAUGGGCUCCGUCGUCCCGCAGUACCUGGCCUGGGUAAGGUACUGUUCCGGCGCAUCCGAGGCGCGCGCAUGGUGCGGGUGGACCGUGCCCAGCAUCUACUCCUUUGUACAGGAACACUACUGGGGCGUUGGGUUCCUCCGCUACUGGACCCCCGGCAACAUUCCGCUGUUCGCCUUGGCCGCGCCGGUGUUGGGUUUGCUGAUCGCGUCGGGGUUGGAUGUGCUCAAGAGGCCUUCGGGGUUGGGGCGGAGUCCGACGGCGGAGAAGGGCGGGACGACGGGCAAGCGUCAGAGUCAGAGUCAGGCUGCAGCGGCUGGUGGCGCGAUGACGGCGAUGGGCACGAGGGAGAUUGUGGUGCUCUCGCUGGCGGCGUCGCAGGUCCUGCUGGCCGUCUUGGCGAUCACGACGUACCAUGUCCAGAUCAUCACACGGAUCGCGUCGGGAUAUGCCGUCUGGUACUGGUGGGUUGCGGACAGCCUGCUUGACCCCCAGAGAGCUGCCCUGGGACGCAAGAUUGUGACUUUUUUCGUCAUGUAUGGCGCCAUUCAAGGGGCCUUGUUUGCUUCGUUCUUGCCGCCUGCUUGA